GUCCAAAGUCAUGCAGUAAUCGCAUAUUACAUGCACUUAAGUAUGUAAAUCAAAGAUACCCGAUCUGAAUUUUGAUUUGGGUGCCGAUGCCGAGUGAAUACCUGAACUAACACACUGGUUUACUUAGAAUAUAUUUCUUAUGCAAUGACUCCCUAAGGAUAACAUGGACAGUACGCAGAUGUAACAACUCAGUUGAGUUACUUGGAAAACACAACCUUUUUCAAGGAUAAGUUCGAUUAAAUUCGUUUUGACUUUUCGAAAUUGUUCUAAUUUUUCGAGGUCACAAUGGGACUCAAACUUAUAUUUAUUGUCUUAGCUUUACAAAUCUGCCUCUUUGCUGUGGUAAGAGCACAAACAGCUGCCGAUAAAGGAAAAGUCAUGGUACAACUACCAGGAAUCUCUAAGGAAAUGUUUGAAUCAACAGUCCAUACGAACUUUAAGACAGCUAUCUCACGAUAUGUCAGUCAAUACUGCAAACCAAAUCCAUCCAAUUGUAGGGGAUCCGAGAAGCAUAUAAGGCCCGAUGAUGUCAUGAUAAUCCAGGCAUUUGAAGACGAGAGUGGUAGGACAUUGAACGUUGAGUUUUACAUAAAGGACAUUCAUGAUGAAGCAAAUCCUGCACUUACAACGCAUCAGUUAGAACGAUGUCUCGAAAAUAAUUUGGGCAAAAUUCGUGACAACUAUGGAUUACAUAUGAUAUUGCUAGCGACAACAGCUAAUCAGGCACUAACCCCCGGUGCCAUUGCUGGUAUUAGUGUAUGCUCGGUUCUUGUAGUGAUCUUCAUCAUACUUGCUGUAUGUCUGGUCAGGAGGGAUACGAUUAGGAAAAGGAAAGAACUCGAGCUCUUAGCUGAAGACCCGUUAGAAAAAGAUGGCAAUCGACUCUCAAGAAUAUAUGACAAUGUUGAGAUACCGGCCACCAACGCUGAAUCUCAUGUAUACUUAGAGCUCCAGAACGAAGGCGGUCAGAAUGGGACUGAUGGCAAAAUUAAAAGGAAGCCGAGCGAUCCAUAUGCCUUGGUUGCUGCUGUGGAGAAGCAAUAUGAAAACACAGACGUCGCAAUAGAAUCAUUGCCAAGUGCGAAUACAGCUAACCCAGCUAACAAUUUUACGUUGUGA